UGUGUCAUCGCAUUUUGCUGCGGCCGUGUUCGUUUCGACAGGUCGGCCGUUUAACAUGGCGUUGGUCGACAGCGACAUGUGCGGAUGAAUUGCUUUAUUCUUUGUCGUGUUCAUUUCUUUUACCGAGUGUUUAUACAGUGUUUUUAGUAGACAAUCGUGUAUGUAACCGUGUUUGUGAGUUACAUAACGAAUUUAUGGGUUUUGGGUGUAAGUUGACGGGAGUGAAAUAAGUAACUGCGAUGGUGAAAACCCGCCGCAGUAAUGGAGAAAACGGGGAGGUGGAGGAAGGGAACGAGGGCCUGAACGACGUCGGCAGUGUGUCUGACGAGAAGGCUUCCAAUUGGUCACAAAGGGAGCUGAGGAGUGGCCAGUAUAAAGUUACAAGGAAAAUACAACACUGGCCUACCAAGAAAUAUAGCAGAAGACGUCGCACUAUAAAGAUGCCUCGUAUUGUGUUUCCGGAGAGUGACACAGAGCAAGAAAAGUAUUCUAGACGUUCGCGCCAAGUUCGAGUGUUCUUCGCAGACGACAAUGAUUCCACCAACCGGAGCCUCCGAAUUCACAACAGCCGGGGCCCGAGGAAGAACUACAUGGAGGACAGCGAAGACAAACCGAUACAACAAAAUGUUAGAAGAAGCUGCCGUAAGCGCAAGCUGCUGCACCACAACUUCAACGAGAGCUGGAUUACCAACGAGCUGAAAGUUAAGGGAUACCCGGACUUAUACGGGUUCCCUGGGUCUAGUUCCUCGGAUGAGUUCACAUCGGGAGACGAAGCUACAAGGGUCUCUAGCAAGAAAAUGGUGGCAGUUGGACAGUCCCAUAGCAUCCCGCCGCCAACAAACACAGAUGAAGACACACAGCUGUCGCGCCAGAGAAGGACCUCAGCUAGGUUCAACAAAAAGACUAAUGAUGCCACAGAGUCAGAUUCGGAAGGUGAUAAUAACCAGACAGUGAUUGAGAAGAAGCCAUCUGCCGAGGAAAACGAUAAUGCCAAUAUGGAUACGAGUGAAGUUAAGAAAGAGGAGGCGCCUGAGAAGCCGGCUGAAAACGGACAGGAUAGUGAAAGCAAUCAAGGCCCUGCUCGGUCCACUAGAGGGCGCGGUCGUCGCAGGCAAAAGAAAGAGGAUAGCCAACAAGACACAGUGACGGAGUCGUCAUCGGAGUCCAGCUCGGAGCUGACGCUGCGUCGUGCGCCGCGGCGCUCCACCCGCUCGCGGCAGCCCAAGCCGGCCUUCGUGCAGAUCGCGCAGCGCGAGACCCGCGGCCGAGCAAAAACGUUUACGAUACGGAAGAAGCCUUACUGCCUCCGAGAGAGGAAACCCAAAAUCCUUCGUAGGAAAACUAUCAGAUCUCAAUCCCCGUCGAGUAGCAGCAGCACAUGCAGCUCGGACACGGACGAGGAUCUUAACGUCACCAUGAAGAAGAAGACCAAGGGCAGGCAAAAAUCCAAGUCAACAGACGACAAGAAAGACGAUAGAGCACUAAGAGACAUACAGCCUGUGGAAGUUGAUGGAAGCGUCAGAUUCUCAUCCGUCGGAGGUUUAGAAGAGCACAUAAAAUGCCUCCGCGAAAUGGUCCUCUUCCCCCUAAUGUACCCAGACUUGUUCAGCAAGUUCAACACAAGGCCAGCCAAAGGGGUCCUGUUCCACGGUCCACCGGGUACAGGCAAGACGCUACUGGCUAGAGCGCUGGCGAAUGAAUGUAGCCUGGUCGGGGGAAGAAAGGUAGCCUUCUUUAUGAGGAAAGGGGCGGACUGUUUGAAGAAAUGGGUGGGGGAGAGUGAGAGGCAUUUGAAGCUACUGUUUCAACAGGCGAGCAAGAUGAAGCCGUCCAUAAUAUUCUUCGAUGAGAUAGACGCACUGGCGCCCGUACGUAGCGUCCGACAGGAUCAAGUGCACGCCAGCGUCGUUGGUACGUUGCUUGCAGAGAUGGACGGGUUGUGUGACAGAGGCGAAGUGAUAAUAAUCGGCGCAACAAACCGCCUUGACGCGGUAGACCCGGCGCUCCGGCGCGCGGGCCGUUUCGAUCGCGAACUACACUUCCCGCCACCUCACGCCGCGGCCAGAAGAGAGAUAUUGGACAUUUACACUAAUCAUUGGAGGCCUAAGCCUUCGGAUGAGACGCUGGAUCAUCUGGCGCAGGUCGCGAGCGGUUAUGGAGGUUCAGACUUAAAGGCGUUAUGUUCAGAAGCAGUAUUAAAAGCAUUACGAAGAGUGUACCCACAAGUGUACGAAAGUGAAUACGCGUUACUGAUAGAUACCAAAAAUGUGGAAGUAACCCGAGAAGACUUACUCCAAGCCAUGCAGUCCCUCGUGGCGGCGGGUGCGCGCACCAGCCCGCUGCCCGCCAAGCGGCUGCCGGCGCACGCGGCGGCGCUGCUGCACGCCCAGAUACAGGCCGCCGGCGACCUCAUGAACAACGUCUUCGUACAUGAGAAAAAAAUCGGCGACGUCCCCCUAUCACCAAGCGUGCUACUAAUUAGCGGGGAAUGUGCGGAGACGCACAUAGCGCCCGCAUUACUCGCGCAGUUGGAGCAUUGCACGGUGAAGGAGCUCAGUAUGAGCACUCUGCACUCUGUCCACGCGUUUACGCAAGAACAGGCGCUGAUCACUCUGUUCUCCGAGUGCCGGCGCGCCGACCGCGGCUGCGUGCUGUUCCUCCGCGACUGCGUCGGAGUGUGGGCCAUGCUCGGCGCUACGGGCGCUGCGCUGUUCGCGCAACUAUGGCGGACCAGGGCCGCUGGGGACGGCACAUUACUACUGGCGACUUCUAAUGUGCCUCAUAAGGACCUGCCGCAAGAGCUUCAAGACCUUUUCCCGGUAUACAAAGACUGCGUGUACUCCGUACGGGAGCCGAGCGCGUCCGAAGUGAUAGCGUUCCUGAAGCCGAUCAUCACCGAAGCUCCAUUAGAACCCCCCGUUAUAGAGAACCAUGAGCCGCCGCCUCCGCUACCUCGAGCGCCCCCGCCGCCGCCGCCCCGUGAGACCGAAGAGCAGAUCUCCCGACGCAAGCGCAAGGAAGACUACAAGCUGCGCGAGCUGAGGAUAUUCCUCCGGGACAUUUGUAGGAAGCUGGCUUCCAACCGACGCUUCUACAAGUUCACUAAACCCGUCGAUCUGGAGGAGGUAACAGAUUACCUGGAGAUUGUCAGGCAGCCUAUGGACCUGGAGACCAUGAUGACCAAAGUGGACAUGCACAAGUACAACUGCGCUAAGGAGUUCCUCGAGGACAUAGAUUUGAUAUGCGCUAACGCAUUGGAGUAUAAUCCGGACAGAACGUCGUCAGACAAGCAGAUCCGUCACGAGGCCUGCUCGCUGCGCGACCAUGCGCAUGCGUUGAUCGACGUCGAGAUGGAUAGCGACUUUGAGUUAGAAUGCCAGGAUAUAGCGAGGAGAAGGAAGGAUGAAGGAACGGCGGCGGAUAAUGAUCUACCGGACUUUAUAUAUACAGCUUCUAAUCUGCAUGUUUCGGCGAAUCUCGACGGCACUGCUGAGGGUAAAUCUCCGCAGACGCCCGGCCCGGAACGGGACAGUGUCAAGCGUAAGCGACGUCGCAUAAACGCGUGGUCGAAAGGGCUCGUUGUGAAACGACAGAGAACGCAGAAGACCUUCAAAGAAUCGGUAAUGAUAACCGACGAGGAGUCUAAAGAGAACAAGCCGAUCACGUCGACGCCGAUGACGAACGGCGCGUCGUCGUCGGGGUCGGACGACGACGCGCCGCUGCGGCGGCCGCGCGACGACUCCGUGUUCAACCUCUCCGCGCAGGGCGUGCACAACCACGUGCUGGAGAGUCCGGCAAAGUCAACGGAGAAAGUGACGGCGAAAUCAUCACCAAAGAAAAGAAAUUCCGGGCAUGAGACUUCCAGUAGAGACGCGGACAAAGUACUGAUAAACAAGACUGAAUUAGAUAACCUCCUAUAUAAGAACGCGAAGCCGCUCCGCCAGAUCGGUCUGUCCGCGCUGCUCGACCUGCACGCCCAGCUGUCCGCGGUGCUGCGCCGCUACACGGACCGCGCGGACCGCACCAAGCUGCCGCACGACAUGCACGCCGUGCUCGCGCGGUACGUGCACAUAUCCAGGAAGUGAGCUGCUGUGAGCUCCUGUUGCUGGUUGUGUGAGUGACUUUUGGUGAUAAAUUUGAAAAUGAACCACGAGCCAGCGGAGCGUGUUCUGAGGCCGUUCGCAUUUGUUUAACAUGGAUACGGCGCCGCACGCCCCGUUCACGCGUACACUCAGUUUGCAUUGUCUCAUUAAGGCACUCAGCACACGAGGCGUAAGCGUAUCGUUAUACGCCCGUAGAUCGAGAGCGCUACGAGCACGUACAAGUUCAAACAAGUCCGCACACGUAGCGUAGUCGUAACGUAGCGUAUGAGAUCUCUGUCGUUAUUACGACAGUCGUAAGCCUGAAGAAGUUGGAUGCAAACACAACGGCUUACGCGACGCUUGGUGCCUAGAAAUCUACGCGUCUCGUACUCGUAACGUUUUUACGACACGCUUACGCGUCUCUUACGCCCACGCCUCGUGUGCGUAGGGCCUAAGGGCCUCAGUGGUUAGCGUUGAGCGAAGCGUCGAAGUCCUCCAUGCAGCCUACACUCAGAUCGCUCGCAUACAUUAUUUUAAAAUGGACUCCGCACGCUGCGUGUGAGAGUUCAAUUGUUUUACACGCUAACGACUUCAACGAUUCAAGUGUGAUAUGAUUCGUAUAUUUACUUAGGUUAACAAAAUUGAAGUGAUGCAAAAUGCGUGCGUAAUAUCACGCGAUAAAGGCUAGGUAAUUGUCAGUAUAUUUAUGUCAAUUGGUUUUUGAAAUGACAGCUUGGUUUUAUCUUUAAUGAGAACUUAGGUCAACAAGUAUGCGUACCUAAAGGUGUCAAUCAAAUGAUUAUCACAUAAAAGUAACACUUCUUAACACAUUCAUAAAUAUUAGGCAGUUAAUUUCAAUGUACGCGGUAGUGAUACAUACACAUACAUACAAAAGAAUACCCUAAUAACCAAAAAUGAACCUUUUACCGUUGCGAUAAGGUUCACAUUGUUAAUUGAACAAUUUAAAAAUAAAUCUUUGUAGGUAUGUAAAACAGUUACAUUACAUUGCAUCCUACUUUCACUGCCAUUUGAAUUUAAUAUUUUUAAGACGAAAGAUGCCACGCUUUAUAUUACUAAAAUGGCUCUUAAAUAAAGACUGGAUUGAAUCAAGCAGAAGUGUCUGCGAACGAUGCUAUUACGAGUUAGCUUAGAAUAUGUUAAAGUGGAAAAAUUGACUGUCAAAGUGUACUGUAGUUUACUGUGUGUGUGUUUGUACCCUAAAACGCCCAUAUGGUUUAAAUAUUUGCUGUCCAUAGAUGAGGUCUUGGUAGCUCAAAUGGCAGAGCACUGGCACAGAAUAAGUAAUAGUACAGAAUGGACACCUACAAAACCGAAGUUUGACAGUGAGUCAGUCAGCGAAUCAUGAUACCCCUUUCUAACUUAUGGCAAUAUCCCUUUCGACUAUUUAGGGUUGUCAAAAUUCAAGUAAUUAUCUGUGGUCGUGCACGCAAAGGGACGUCAAGUUGUGUCAACCCUUAUAAUUGCUCGGACUAAUGCUGAGCCGAGUUUGCCCGAAGUCAGGAGUGUCUCCCCACUGGCACUAGGCUAGUGAUCCAGUGGUCGUGAGUUCAAGUCACACUCGAGCCAGUAAAUUUUUCCACAUUUAAAUUUACACUCGGUUGAAUGAACUUUACAAUUUCGGGCGGUUAUCACCUUUUAUUUAACGGCUUUUAACAUAAUCACAACAGGACUGACUGCCAUUUUAGGAAAACGAACUUUAUGAAUAUGUACGUAAGAGUUUAUAUCGAAUGUCAAUGAGGUUGUAAUUUAUUGAAGUCUUAAGAUUGUCGGAGAAUAUGAAAAUGUUUGCUGUAAGCGUUUGUCAAGUCUCAUUCACGUAUUAUGUCACGACAUUCCGUGAAUAUGAUUGUACGAAUGUUAUUAUGCUAGAGUAGGUACAUAUGUUGUCCCUUUCGUACUGUUAUAUCAGAAAAGGACAGCCUGUGAUAAACUUAGCAUGUUAACAUUUCUGAUCGAAUUGAAUGUAACAUAGACGUCAGAGGGGCAUUCUAUGGGCUGUCCCGUGUAAUUUCAUUUUAUAUCGUAUAUUACCUACAUUUUUUCAACUUAGCAUUUUUCACAUCCAUUGUGACAGAAUAAAAACUCCUAUACUUGCCUGCAAAUCUUCAGAAAAUUCGUGUUUGUACGGGACAACGGUAGACAAGUUCGUGAAUGCUUUGCGACAUAUUGCGUCAGUUCGAUCGGAGUUGUGCAGUAUAUGAUAUCUUAAAUUAUAAACACUGCCUAAAGCACUAUUUAAGUAUAAUUGUAAGUGUUAUUUACGACUUUUAAGGCAUCCGACUAACCAUUCCUAAUUAGCCAAAUUGUGUGUAUACACGGUGGAAUAUUAACGUAUACUAUAAUUAUACGUUAAAAUUAUAAGCUCACAAUUUUACAUUUAAAUCCUACUAAACUAAAAUAAAAAAUGGAAGGUGAGUUAAAAGUGUGAUAUAAACAAAUUGUACUUUAUUUUACCACAAUACACCUCUUAAUUAUUUAUUAAUACUUAGCUGUGUAAAAUUCAAACUAAAUCUAAAAAAAAAUAUUAAUUAUAUGUAAAUUGUGAGCUAAUUAUUUGAAGUCAUGAAGUGUAAAUGUUAAAAAAAAUUUUAGUUCAUCACAGUAAAUGUAGCUAUAGCAGUAAAAUGCCGAUACUUUGAUUUUGACAAAAUCCCUACUAAAAUAUUUAAGUAUUAACUAACUAUUUUGGCUCAGCGAUCCAAAGAGAAUCUUGGCCUCCGAAACGAGAGCGUGCCACCUGUCCCGAUCCUGCGCAACUUCCUGCCAGUUACUGGCGCGAAGCUGAAGCAGAUCCGCCGUCACACUGUCUUCCCAGCGAUACGGGCCGACCCACCGGACGGCUACCAGUCGCUCGUCCCAAGAACGCUCUCUUGACAGCCCGAUCCUCUCCCAUUCUGGGUACGAUUUAGUAUUGAUAUUUAAUUAUUUACUUUAAUAUUAUGCCAGUAUUUUCUUCAACUAAAGAUUUGCAAAAUUUUUGGGUUUAAAAAUUGCUGCUUUAGCUACAUUAUACCUACUUUGAUUUAGCAUAGGUUGCGUCCAAGUAGUAGCCCCGUGGUCUGUGAUAUGUAGUGGAGUUAUAAGGUAAAGUAAUCCUACUAUAACUGUAAAUUUAUCCACGCUUCGCGAACCGCUUAUUUAUUGUCAUUCGUUGUUUGUGUGCCCUUUCCAAAUGUUACCCAGUAUGUAAGUCUAGUGGGUGUAUGUAGGUGUAGGUUUCAUUGGGCAGUCGCCAUCAGAUAUAUCGGAGCGGUCGAGGCGCUCACAAAUAUCUGAACACUCCUUUAUUGUCAAGGCGUUAGAGUGCUUGUUCAGAUAUUGUGAACACCUUGGCCGCUCAGUUAUAUCUGAUGGCGUACAGUCAGCAAUGUCAGCAUUAAAGAGAUAGGGGCGGCGAAAGUGGUCAAAUAUCGAUACACGUCCUUAUUUCUACAGCAAUAAAGGUGUGUUAUGAUAUAUUUGGCUACUUUGGCUGUCACCAUUUGACGCUGAAUGUAUCGUAAAAAAUAUGUGUUUAUUUUUAUCUUUGACUACGUUACCGAAUUUCAAAGUAAUAACUGAAAAUUUUAAUGCUAAAGAAAAUUUGUUCGAGUUUUCAGACUUGUUAUAUCUAUUAUUUCAUGGUUUUUUUAUAUUUUACCGCGAUAAUUUGCUAGUAUUUUUUCUAAUUGUACAAUUGUGUAAAGUAUGCAAUUCAUAUAAAUUAGGUUUUGUAUCCUGUAAAUUUUUACAGUUUGUUUCCAGUUUGAUAUCAGUUUGUUUUUAGUAUUUGUAUGUGCGUCGAAAUCAUAUCGAACAAUUUGGCUUUUUAGGCAAAACAGUAAUUUGAUUAUGUUUUAAUUUAACGACCAAAUAAGUGGAGUAAGAGAAUUAAUUAAUUAAUUACGGUUUAAGUUUGGAAUGUUUUUUAAUUAUUUAGACUAACAAAAUUUAAUCUGAUAGUUUAAGUGAUUUAAUUAUUUCUGGAAAUGUUUACGCUAUAUACUGCUAGGGAUAAUCACACUUAUAAUAUGUUUUCUUUCAUGUUUUUCUGAAGCAAUCUAAUUAUUUUACUGUUAACUGAUUAUUCAGUUUAGCCCGUUUAAUACUGCUUAAUAUAAUUUUUGGAAUUGGCCUUAUUUAAGAAAUUUGUGUCCAAAAUAUUGGGUAUUUAAUUGUAACAUAUCCUAACGAAGUCAUCAUUAAAACUUAUCGCUAAUAUAAAAUUUGAGUAAAAGACUUAGUACAAUAACACGAUUUGUGUAUUAAUGGAAAAUUUAAUAGGCUUAUUUCAUUGAUGAUUUUCCAUCGAAAGCAAUUUCAAAUUGUUAGUAACUGCUUUCUUCUUUCUAGUAUUAGGCCUCAGUGGUCCGUGAAACGAAUGAAAGUGCGUUUAAAUAUACUUUGAAUUGUUUGAAUGUGUAGUAUGAUAAUUUAACUUAAUUUUAUUUAUUGACUUUCUGUCCUUACAUGUUUUUAUUAUUGCAAGUCUAAGAAAUUGUACUUGAAAAUACGGAAUAUUAAAGAAAUUGUAUAUUAAUAGGUGGUUCAUAUUAUUUUGUGUAGCCUACGUGUUUGAACACUGCUCUUUAACUUUAUUUGUUAUUAUUUUCUUGGAAUUAUAUUAAACCACAAUUAUAUAAGGUACUUAAUCUGCUGAUAAUUUUGGUGGUUUUGUGGAUUAUUUUUCUAAGCUUGUUUAUGAUUUGGCAUAACAGUAUUUUAUCCUUCUGUCUUGUUUAUAUAACGCAUUUAAAUUUUGAAAUCAUACAAAUCAAUCCUAGUUAACGAUUAGGUCAUGCUCCCUGGGCUGAGAUUGUAUGGAGUCCCGGAAAUUCCCGGUCCGGGAUUGAUUUUGUAUAGAAAACCAACAACAAACUGCUCACCAUCUUUAGCUAACGCAGUCCGGCAUUUUGAAAAUUGCCACUAUCUUAAACACUUUAAAGCGCUAAGUGCCCCAAAUUUGGACACUAGUUAGCUUCUUUCAACUGCCAAAAGACGCAUAGCCUGUGCAGCGCCAUUUGCAAGUUGAGCCAAGUUCAAAAGUAGCAGAAAGAGAUACUGUUGUGCCAAUGAAUAUAACUUAUCUCUCAAUUAUCUAUAACACAGUGUGAUAUUGAAGGAACAAACGCAACAAUAUGUAGCGAAAUACAAAAAAUAGUUACCUCAUUCCGAUUAGGAAUAAAAUACAUUAUAAUAUGAUACGAAUACAGGAACUGGCCAUAUAAUUAACUGUUUAACUUUCUGAAUCUCAUAUGGAGCUGUCAAUGUAGUGUUUUUUUUCUUAACUGCCAUUUUUCGUGUUUCUGAUUGAGAUAUGAUUAAAAAUAGUUAAAGUUUGUAAUGGCAUUUGAUUAUGUAUUUGUAAAUGACAGCCUCGUAUGAAAAAGUAUGGCGUCGCCAUGUUUCGAUUCUUCCUACAUUUGGGCGCCAUAUUUACCGCAUCCAUUUUGUUUUGCUUGCAUUUGCUCAAGAGCGGGUGCAUUGUCGGCACUCUGUAUCCACCGCUAGUGUUAAUUUUGUAUGUAAAAAUUAUAUUAAUGAUACUGAGAAUAAAAGGGUACGAUUUCAUGUGAUAUAGAA